GCGGCGGCGGCGCGGGCGGCCGCGAAGCGCCCCAAGAAGAUCCUGGACGAGGAGGCCUACAUCGAGGGCCUGGAGAGCAUCAUCCAGCGGGACUUCUUCCCCGACGUGCAGAAGCUGCGCGCGCAGAAGGAGUACCUGGAGGCGGAGGAGAGCGGCGACCUGGAGAAGAUGCGGCAGAUCGCCAUCAAGUUCGGCUCCUCGCUGGGCAGGCCGGCCCGCGACACGCCCGCGCCCUAUGUUACUCCAGCCACGUUUGAAACCCCUGAAGUGCAUCCACGUCUUCCACUUGCCAAUAAAUCCAAGGUUGGCUUCAAAGCUGCAGAGGAAGGAGAAGCGGAAAAAGAUGCUAAAGAUGAACUUCCCAGUCUGGACAGCUUCUUAGCAAAACACACGAGUGAAGAUAAUGCUUCAUUUGAGCAGAUCAUGGAAGUGGCUAAAGAGAAGGAGAAAGUCAAACAUGCUUGGCUGUACAGUGCAGAAGAGGAGUAUGCCCAGCGACGAAAUAACAACCUGGCACUUCCUUCAGCAGAGCAGCAGGCCCUUGAAAAUGUGAAAGCUGGGCUGGAGACGUGGGAGUACACGGCUCGGAAUACCCUCAUGUACUACCCUACAGGUGUACCCAAUGAGGAUGACAUAUUCAAAAAGCCCAGGGAAGUUGUCCAUCGAAACACACGUUUUGUGAAGGACCCUUUUAGUCAAGCUGUGAGCAAAUCCCAGCUCCAACAAGCUGCAGCACUCAAUGCUCAGUACAAACAGGGCAAAGUGGGACCAGAUGGGAAAGAGCUGAUACCCCAGGAGUCUCCAAAAGUGAAUGGAUAUGGAUUUGUGGCUACACCCUCUCCUGCUCCUGGUGUGAAUGAAUCUCCUCUUAUGACAUGGGGUGAAAUCGAAAGCACCCCUUUGCGUUUAGAGGGAUCAGAAACACCCUAUGUGGACAGAACACCUGGACCAGCCUUCAAGAUCCUGGAGCCUGGGCGCCGUGAGAGGCUAGGACUCAAGAUGGCCAACGAAGUAGCAGCUAAAAACCGAGCAAAAAAGCAGGAGGCCCUUCGAAAAGUCACAGAAAACCUGGCCAGCCUUACUCCCAAAGGACUAAGCCCGGCUAUGUCACCAGCUUUGCAACGGCUGGUGAACAGGACUGCGAGUAAAUACACAGACAAAGCACUGCGUGCCAGCUAUACCCCCUCCCCAGCCCACACGGGAACGCCCGGCUACAAGACGCCAGCAGCCGGGCCCCGGACGCCCACGGGCACCCCGCAGCCAAGGACAGUGUCUCAGACACCAGUGUCUCAGGAUACUACGUCAAUCACAGACAAUUUACUGCAGCUUCCUAAAAGAAGAAAGGCAUCUGAUUUCUUCUAAAGAAUUUCUGAUUUCUUCUAAAUAGUCCUUUCAUCAUCAAGGCGAUACUGGAUUAGCUGCCAACUGGAUGUGGUGGAACCAUCAGUAUUAAGGGGUGUCUAAGUGCAGCUGCCAGAAGAGAACGCAGCAGUUUCUAGUUCUGGGACCAGCUCUCCUGUUAGACCACAUCACUGAAGUAGCCUAUGAUGUGUUUUUUGGAAAUGAAACAUUUUCUAUUGUGCURUAACUUCCCUUGGAAACACAGGGAUAUGUUGUAUAAGGCUGCCAUAGCGUACGGAUGCUUCCUGCAGUGACAGAGAAAACAUUGGACUCUCGGAAAACAGCAAGGAUUUUGUGAAGAUAUUUUUCUCUUUUUGAGAUGACCCUGUGACUGCAUUUCAAUACUUCUGUGUACAGAUAUCUCUAUUUAUAAAAUGUGGUAAUACUUGCUCAAAGGUUGACUAAACCUUUCUGUAGCGUGUCAAAAUUCCUUCUGUGCUUUGCAGAAAAGGGAGGUAGAUCUUGCAACUUAAAAGCAAAGAUACAGUCAGGUCUGUAAGCUCCUCAGUUCCAUGUUCCAACUGUGCAUAUACUAAGACAGGACCCGGAAUUUUAGCGGUCUUCUCUUUAAUUUGACCAGAGCUUAAACUGAUGAUCUUGAGUGUACA